AUGCGCACGCUUGCGCGCCGCGGGCUUCGUGCCGGCGCGACGUCCACAACGUUUGACGCCGCGCGCCUGAGUGCCGCGUUGCACCGCGCGCUCGUCGCACCACAAAACGUGUACGUGGAGCUGGACGCGGCGGGCGCGCUGUGCGCACGCGGCGGCGCGGAGGCUGCGGCGGUGAGCGCGCGCCUGGCGCCCGCCGCUCCCCACGCUGCGCUCCUGCUGUGUGCGCAGCACGACGGUGUGCUGCGACUGCGCCUGGCCGCCGCCGCGGCGCCGCUACACGAGCUGCAGCUGUGGUUCGACGACGCCGCGCUGGCGCUGCUUCACAUACCAUUCCUCUCCUUGAAGAACAUUCAAGGUAAAAACAAUUACGUGUGCCACGACUGCGGUGUCGAAUUCGAGCAACCGAAUCCAUUGAAGGUGCACCUGUUCCUGUCGUGUGGGGAGUAUUCUCUAGCUACUUUCUGGGAGACGUGCAUCGAACGUUUAAAGUGGGCGGAAGCAGGCCGGAGUUCUGCGUUCCAGCCGUACGGUGCGUCCACAAACGCCUGGCCUUCGCUGCCAUUGUUACCACUGCUACCGUUGGCAGCCGAGGCAGCGGAGGCUGCGGAGGCGCUCGCGGCGGCGUGGGGACGGUCCCGCGGCGGCCACGCCUGCCUGUACUGCGGCAAACUGUACUCGCGCAAGUACGGCCUGAAGAUACACAUCCGCACGCACACGGGCUACAAGCCGCUGCGGUGCCGGCACUGCUUGCGCGCGUUCGGCGACCCCUCCAACCUCAACAAGCACGUGCGGCUGCACGGCGCGGGUGCUGCAGGGGGGGUCCACUCCUGCCCGCGCUGCGGCCGCACGCUGGCGCGUCGCCGAGACCUCGAGCGACACCUGCGAACCGCGCACCACCACCACGCACCCCUCCCUGCCCCCAAACCCGCAUCCGCACCAGCACCCGCAACCGCACUAACCUGA